AACUUGGGAAAGGAACCUGGACUAUUCUGGGGGAUCUAGAGAGCACGCGAGGAUCUCGAAUGACUUUAUUGCAAGAAAAGAAAAGAAAAGAAAAGGGAAGGGGGGAGAAGGGAAGAAAAACGGUGAACGGGUGGGAUUUAAGCAGGAUGAAUUGGAUUCCCUGGCCCGUCACAGGGCUGGCUGAUGGCCCGUUCUCCACUGCCCGAGUUGAGUUGUUAUUGGCUCGGUGAUGGCUGCGUGGGUCGUGCACGAAGCGUAGGGCAGAAAGAAAGGAUGGAAAUGGCUUUGGAAGUCGUGGCAUUGGAGGGGUUCGGCUUUAUCGGCAUCUCCUCAUUCCCCCCUUUGUGUCUUUCCCUCGUUAUCGGCUGCUUAUCCUUGGAGGCUCUCAAAGAUGACAGAAGGUACUUAGCCCCUAUUCUGGAUGUUUCGAUGCACAUACACCACUCUUCUAAUCUUCUUCACCUUUUUGAGGUCGUUUCACCUGACCAACCACCUGGCCGGUUUCGUUGCCGAUCCAUCUCAAUUUUAAUGUGGCUGCAGGCAGUAGUAGUACUACUAGGAGGAAUCAUAGUUCAUCUCACCCAAAGACUGGGCCUCUUAUCGUCUUCCAUGGAACCACCGCCUCCAGUUCCUCCCCGCUUGUCCAUUCGGGGCAACUUUCCGGAAUGUUCGCUGCAGCCCUCUUUUAGGCACCAGCCAAUCCCCUUGGAUGUUGCCCAGUCGUAGUACUUUGUAAGUUUGCCCGCCAAUGCUGGUCACGCUGGGCGGUGUCCCCCUACAUGCAUUGCUGAUAGGUCUGCACUGCCCCCCUAGGCAAUGAAGUACUUGCAACAUGGCGGGUAGGGCGAUCAAUAAUUGUGCUGUGCAAACUUGGCCGGGCGUUGAAGAUCUGGGGUCACCUGGGAAAACGUGACCAAUCCACCAGAUCAAAAAUUGGGGCACUGGAGUGGCGCGGGGCAUUAGUGUGAAGUAGUUGUAGUUAGUAACUAUCUUUGCAUCAUCAUCAUCAUCUGCUCUAGCUGCACUACUACCGAUUCUUUCGGUCGGUCUUUCAGUUAGUUCUGCAGGA